UUGCCCCGUUUAAUAAUUAGUUGGUAGUUGACUACAUUAUCCAUGUGGGAGUUGUCCCGCAGCUUUUUGGGGGAAAUAGAAAGUACGGCCACACUUGGAUAUGUUGUCCGCUCUCUCCCAACUCCAAACUCCCAUACUCCUAUUUCCACAUUUCACCGUAUAAUUUCCUCCAAAAUGACGCUAUCACCGAUUUCGCAAUCUUCCUCCGCCACCUCCUACGCCGCCGCCAUUUCGGGACCGCGCCACUGUUCCCACUUUCACACCAGCAUUUCAACUGCCACGUCUUUCAAUCUCCGAUUAUGUGGUCUAAGGCGCGAAGCCUUCGCUUUCACUUCCCUCCGCCAUCGCUCAAACCAUAACCAUCCCAUACGUCGGACACACUUCAAUGCAAUAUCCGCCGCGCUUUCAGACAACGACACCUCUCUCAAAUCAUUCGAUUACGAUCUGCUCAUUAUCGGAGCUGGCGUCGGUGGUCACGGUGCCGCUCUUCACGCUGUUGAGAAGGGUUUGAAAACAGCAAUUGUUGAGGGAGAUGUGGUGGGAGGGACAUGCGUGAACAGAGGUUGUGUUCCUUCUAAAGCUCUUUUGGCUGUAAGUGGUCGUAUGCGAGAGCUGAGGAAUGAUCAUCACUUGAAAUCGCUUGGCUUACAGGGUCCUCAAAAGGUGAAAGUUGGCUCUUCUAACAAUGUAGUAACUGCCAAAGACAUCAUCAUUGCCACUGGUUCUGUUCCUUUUGUUCCUAAGGGAAUUGAAGUCGAUGGGAAGACUGUGAUCACUAGUGACCAUGCACUCAAAUUGGAGACAGUGCCUGAUUGGAUAGCAAUUGUUGGAAGUGGUUAUAUUGGCCUUGAAUUCAGUGAUGUAUAUACAGCUCUUGGAAGUGAGGUUACCUUUGUUGAAGCUUUAGAUCAGCUUAUGCCUGGAUUUGAUCCUGAAAUUAGCAAGUUGGCUCAGAGGGUUCUUAUAAAUCCCAGGAAUAUUGACUAUCAUACAGGCGUUUUUGCAUCCAAGAUCACUCCUGCAAGAGAUGGAAAACCUGUAAUGAUUGAGCUCAUUGAUGCAAAGACCAAGGAACAAAAGGACACUUUAGAGGUGGAUGCUGCAUUAAUAGCAACCGGAAGGGCUCCAUUCACACAAGGUCUUGGAUUGGAGAAUAUUGAUGUUGCAACACAGCGUGGUUUUGUUCCCGUGGAUGAGUGCAUGAGAGUAAUUGAUGCAAAUGGAAACCUGGUCCCUCAUUUAUACUGUAUUGGCGAUGCAAAUGGCAAGAUGAUGCUUGCUCAUGCUGCCAGUGCACAAGGAAUUUCAGUGGUUGAACAGGUCACUGGAAGAGAUCAUGUGCUCAAUCAUUUAAGCAUACCGGCUGCUUGUUUCACUCAUCCUGAAAUCAGCAUGGUUGGAUUGACAGAGCCUCAAGCAAGGGAGAAGGGUGAAAAGGAAGGGUUUGAUGUAAGUGUGGCCAAAACAAGUUUUAAAGCUAACACAAAAGCCUUAGCAGAAAACGAAGGAGAGGGUCUUGCCAAGUUAAUAUACAGACCUGACAACGGAGAGAUACUAGGAGUUCAUAUUUUUGGGUUGCAUGCUGCAGAUCUCAUCCACGAGGCUUCCAAUGCCAUAGCGUUAGGGACACGUAUUCAGGAUAUUAAAUUUGCAGUUCAUGCUCAUCCAACUUUAUCGGAGGUGCUUGAUGAGCUAUUUAAAUCAGCAAAGUUUUACAGUGACAGAAAGGAGCAAAGACUAGAAGAGAAAAAAGCAAGAAAAAGUUUAUAGAAUUGACCAUUAUUUCUCUUUCGGGAUUACUUCAAGGAACAAAAGUUAUUAUGAAAGAGUAGUUAAAGAAGUGAUUUUAAGUGGAUUGAAUGAACACCAUUAUGGAAAUGAUAGUAUUUAUAGAUAAGAAUAUCAAUGUGACAGAAAACCAAAAGUAAAAAAGUAUGAAUGAGAGGGAAAAAAGUUGGAGUUGGUAACAAACUAGCUUUCAAAUCUAUAUAAAAAGAUGAUGAUAAGAGUUGUUAGCUCUUACCAUGUCAUGUAAAAAUCAUCUCUAUAAUUGGAGGGAAUUAACUUAAGUGUCUAAGUCAAAAUUCUAAAUGUAGUGAAACGUGCUUUUAGUUUUGUUUAAAGCAAAAGUACUGAUAUAGUAAAAGUCUUAUUAACAAUUGGUCCCAGCCAUAAUGAACAUCUAAUUAAGCCACGUCGGGGACGUCCGCCAAAAGCGCUUGGGAUGCCUGCAUUUGCACUGAACUUUAUAGCACAAGUUCAUCCAAAUGUUUUAGUUACACCAAACAACAAUGAAAAUAUUGUCAAGAUAUUUACACCUAGUUUGUCAUUCACUAUGGCAGCCUCAGUGACAUAGUGCAAUCUGUCAGUGGCAUAUUUACACUAACUGUAACACCGCUUUUACGUUCAAAGACAGCAUCCAAUGCCUCAAGUGCCCAUUUUGGGGAGAAAUUGUGACAGUGUUGCUAAUCCUAACAUGAAACUCACAUGGGAAGAUAAAGUUCCAAAGAUCACAAUCAAUAGUGAAUUCAUAAACUAGAGUAAAAUAACCCAUUUUAAAGUGAAUAACAAUACUGAAUGAAAUUUAAAGGAGAGAUUGUAAGAAAGUUAAAGGAAACUCUUACCGGGGUGACGACGAAUCAUACACAGCUUGAAGUGAAAAAUCCUUUAUAUUAGAGUUUUCGUUCACAACGUAAUUUAAGAUAUCCACAAGGAGCCAAGUGUUCCUGCAAUUUUUUGAAUUGGGGCAUGUUAGAGAUUGUAAAGUGGGAGCAAAAAAAUUAUGAGUGACAAAGUAAUGAUAUAACAAAUUCUGGACUAAGCAAACAGAAGAUAGAGAUGAAUACUUGAAUAUAGCUACUGUAAACCUCUCCCUUGAUGAGAUUGUCUGCAAUGACACAAAAGACACCUGUCUGUAGAAACAAAAAAUCAUUCAACAAUUGCAUUAUACUCAUCCUUAUAUGCACUCAACAAUUGAUAAUAUUGAAUUUGGUAUUUCCAAAAUCAAUACGAUAACACAGAAAGAAUAAAGGCACUGUGCUGGAAAGUAAGAUGAUACUCACACUGUAGCUCUUAUGGGAAUCAAUGUCGUCGUCGAGAGACUUACUUCAAAGCUUUGAUUGAGAUGAUUCCAUGAAACCCUAAAAUCCUAAUUCUGAGUUGCAAGUUGAAGGGUUUGAGAAGAAAGGGUUAAGGUAGGGAUUUGGUAGAAGAUACACCGGACAAUCUUUGUUUCAGCUUUUGAAAAAUCAUACGAUGCAGGUUUGAAAUUUGAAGAAUGAUGAAGAGAAAAAAAGAUGAAAAAAGUUUGGAUUUUUGAGAAUUAGGGAUUCUGAAAUUUGUGUUUUGGGUUGAUUUGAAAUGAUUAUUGAAAAAUGGUAACCGUUUACUUGAUCCGGUUUGUAACAAUGGUUACCGUUUUUUUUUUAAUUUGAUAAAUGGGUCACCAAUUUCAAAAUAUAAUUUUGGGUUGGGUUUUAAAGUUUAGAUUAAUUUGGAUAGGAAUUUGGUUCAUGGUUAUUGGUUAUUUUGCACACCCCUAGUUGUCAUGCAGUAGGUUUGUUGACAGAAAAAUAGACCACAAAAAUCAAAAGCAUGUCAAAUGGUGUGAAUGUUCAUGCCUUUUUAGGAUAUUUGUUCAUGGAUCUCUCACCAUAAAGAUUGAUGUCAAUAACAUUGUGACUGGUCAUUAAAAAGACCAUGAGGUGGUUCACAAACUUUACUAUAAAACAUAAAUUGGAGUUGUGG